AUGUGCAAGGAAGUUCUCCGCGCCGUAAGAGCCCUCCUGUCCGAAUUUCGCCUCAAGAAAACCGAGUGGCCGUCAGUCAUUCGGAUCGUCCAGAGCGUUCUAAGCCACUCCUCCCGUCCUAGUCUCGGAAAAAAGCGCCUGUCACUGCUUUCGCUGAUCUCCCUGCCGAUAACCCGCUUCGUACGCUUCUACCCCUUCAACCCGCCGAACCGUCAACAUUGGCGUUUAUCAAAGCUCAGCAGUUGA